GUUAACAGUAGGAAAUAUAGUCCAUUGAUUCAUCCGCGCUUCAACCCUCGAACGAAUUUGAACUUAUUCCUUCACCUUCGAUACCUUCUUCUUUGCUAUUAUACUGUAAUAGUCUCUUCAAUAUGGGUUGGUUUUGGGCAGAUCCGCAGGUAAAGCCAACGCCUGUGGCACCAAAUCCUCUGGCGUCCUCUGAUGCGUCCCCUCCAAUGUUCUCCUCGAUUUCUCAAGAGCGAGCACCGAAUCAGACCGUAGAACUGCCGGUGGAACGAGAGCCUUCCUCCAUACCUAGAGGCGAUGCAGACGGCAACUGGGAGUACCCGUCCCCCCAGCAAAUGUACAACGCUAUGCUCCGUAAAGGUUACACGGACACGCCACAGGAUGCUGUCGAAGCCAUGGUAGCGGUCCACAAUUUCCUGAAUGAAGGUGCCUGGGCUGAAAUAGUUGGAUGGGAGCGCCUCUUUGCUAAGGGCCUGGGACAAGCGUGGGAAAAGUGCCGAAAGGGAGAGCAAGGCAUUGCCCUAGAAGCAAUGAAGCAGGAGAUGUCCGGAAAUGUCGAUCCAGCCAGUGAACCUCGACUCCUCAGGUUCAAGGGUCGGCCACAAGAGCUUACCCCCAAGGCGCAGAUCCUUCAAGCUCUAGGUUGGCUGUAUCCUGCCAAGUUUGGAACAAAUCCACCUUUUGAUCGCCAUGAUUGGUUUGUGCUCCGACAGACGCCAUCUGGGCCCAAAGAAGUCCGCUACCCGACUGGUGAGCCAGUGUUCUAUCUCGACAUCAGACCAGCCUUGGACACCCCAACAGCGGCCGUUGAGCGUCUAAUGAGAUGGGGCGGCGACGUCUGGUACAGAGCUAGCGGCGCUGCCGUGCGAGAGAACAAUAAUUCAUAAUAACACGCUCUGCGGCCAACACGCGAAAGCGUACGUUUGGACGAACCGACAUAUUUCUUAUGGAGAAUGCAUACUUGAGAGCGCGGGCGACUCUGACAGUUGGACGAAACAUUCAAUUCUCGACAUCACUUCUUUUGCUGUUGUUCAUCUCUUCGCUUCACGUGCACAUGCUUGACUUUGUGUUCCUGCUUUAUACAAACAAUUGGUAAUGGAGUUUAGUGGUAUCCUGUCUUGUUUGAGUAUGGGCUCAUUGUGCUUUUCACUGUUUUUUUCUCCAUCUCCUCUCACCGGUCUCUAGGGCAUUGUACUAUAGCAAUAUUAAUGUAUCGCAAGAGCAUGUAUAAACAGUCACCUCCAAUUUACCGAGCACAAAAUCUCAAGGAGCUAUGAUCUUCUUUUCUGAUCGCAGGCAAGUAUGCAUGGUUAGGAUGUCUAUUUAACUAGGUCGUUAAUUUGUUCAUCAAGUCAAUGUACAUAUUACGAGCCAAACCAC